AUGGCAGACCAGAAGCUUCAAUUCCUCACCACGGACGUUUUCACCGCCACGCGCUAUGAAGGAAACCCGCUCGCCAUUGUGCGCUUACCGAAGUCUCAGAAAUUGACGCAGGCUCAAAAGCAAGCCAUCGCUAACGAGUUCAACUUGUCGGAAACCGUCGUUCUGCACGAGAGCGAGGAAAGCUACAGAAAGUCAGAAUGGACAUUUGACAUUUUUAUUACAACUCAGGAGAUCCCCUUCGCUGGACACCCCACCAUUGGCACUAUCUGCUACCUUGGACGUUCUCUUCAGGCCACCGGAGCGGGCGGGAUCAUCCAGGGCGCGCUCAACUGUAAGGCCGGCAAAAUCCCCUGGAGCUAUGACACCGCAUCGGGUGCUGCAACCGCUGAGAUCCCACAUGACAGUCACCUCCACAGCAGGUCUCUUGACGUCCGUGGUCUCGAGGCCCAGGGUUUGUCCAAAGAUGUCACCAACAGCUUCGUGAAUUCGGCGCCAUUCUUCAGCAUUGUCAAAGGCAUGACUUUCUGCCUCGUGGAGCUUUCGUCGCUAGAAGCACUCGGGGCUGUCAAGACUGGCUACAAGCCACUCUCACAGGAGGGCUUGACGCCUGAAUAUACCGCUGGGGGCGUCGCGGGGUUGUUCUUCUACCAUGUUACUGGUGAAGGCAAAUCCGACAGUGCGACCGGUCUUCGGACGAGAAUGAUCAGGACCCGAAUGGUGCUUGACAAUAUUGAGGAUCCUGCCACAGGGUCGGCAUCCUCAGGGUUGGCAGUAUACUUGAGUAAGCACCACCCGAAGCUAAGAGCUCCGGACCAGAAACUUCACAAGUUCGAAUUCACUCAGGGUGUCGAGAUGGGUCGGAAAAGCGUGAUUGGUUUGGAAGUUACGCUUGGUGAAGCAGCGAAGGUUGAGAAAGUCGUGCUUAGUGGGUCGGCCGUUGAAGUCAUGGAAGGAAAUAUCAGCGUGCCCUGA